AUGGGUAGUUCUCAAGGAGUGGAAAAGGCCUACACUACUGAAUUUUUGAAGGACAAGGAGGCUUUCCUUAUUGCAAGAGUAGUAGAGAUGGACAGCCAUGGGUUGAUGGGUUCAAUAAGGGAAGCUCUUUUGGACUCAUUUAAUCUACCAAUUUACGUCCUAAGUGCCUCCGAAUUGAAACAAAUGGUCACAAGCAAUGGGCAUUUUAGCAUUGAGAGGAUGGAGGAAAUACACUUUCCACCAAAACUCAGUACUCAGGAUAUACAACUCUGCAAUCUACAUGUAAGAGCAGGGAUGGAAGGACUCCUUUCCAAACAUUUUGGACCCAAGAUCAUUGAUCAACUCUUCAAGAGAUACUUGACGAAGCUCGAAGAAUACUCGAGGAUGCUGUGCUUUACUAGCAUUGAGACGGUGGCAAAUCUCUUUCUACUUGUUCAACGAAAUGAAGUUCAAUGA